UUCAGUCCGGUUCGUCAUUGGACCGACCUGGCUACAACAGUGAAAGAUCACUGUUCACUAGCCUCACUUUGUUUUUUGUUGUUGUUUUCUGAGAAUUACGUUACAUUAAGGUUUGAUGGACGCCGCUCAGAAAUGUCACCAUUAGUGCCAUUUUACUUUGUUUAUUGCAAAGGUUUACGGCAGCAUUGGUCUUCUUUGUCAGAUAUUGUGCAUCACUUGUUAGCGAGUACUCCGUUAAGGGAAAACACAGGCGCUGACGCAAACGAGAUGAGUCGUUUCCUUAACGUCCUGCGGAGCUGGCUUGUGAUGGUGUCAGUCAUCGCGAUGGGAAACACAGUGCAGAGCUUCAGAGAUCACAGCUUCCUGUCCGAGAAGCUUUACACGGGCACGCCUGAGUUUGUCAAUGGUCUUCAAGCUCGGACAUUUGGCAUUUGGACGUUGCUGUCAUCCAUCAUUCGCUGUGCUUGUGCCAUUGAUAUACAGAACAGAACGUUGUAUCACAUCGCUUUGUGGACAUUCGUGCUGGCACUGGGUCAUUUUCUGUCUGAGGCCUUCAUGUACAAAACUGCACCUCUCACCAUCGGGGUCAUGGCACCUCUUAUUGUGGCCAGUUUCUCAAUCAUAGCAAUGCUGAUAGGUUUUCAGUGUUUUCCAGAGACUCCAGAGGAAGUGGGAGCACAGCAGAAAAAACGGAACUGAGUGGCCCCUCAUGUCAGAGUCCACUUGACAUGUUUAGAUUGAUUGUUGUGUGCUGCUUCCCAGAUGUCAUUUUAUAGUCUUUCCUACAGUGACUCAACCUUUCUCAGAACUCUAUGUGAGAAUUAUCAUGCUCUCAACAUGUCGUAAAAUUGGAACACACACACACAAGAUUUCUUUAACAAAGGAACAGAAACCCCAUUGAGCCCCUCAUUCAUGCUUGCUUUGUGUCAUACGAAACACUGGACUCCACUCAAAAGUCAUAUGAGGUCCCCAAUAGGAAUAAUUUAUUAUUAUCAAUGAGUGAAAUCUCGUUCACAGCUUUUUGCAAAGACCUAUAAUUCCAUAUAAUGAUAAAUUAGCAACUCCACCAAUCACAUGAUCUGUAACAGAGAAUCCACAAGACAAGAAUCCACAACAUAUAAACUGAAACAAGUAUCACAAACUAUGCAUUUCUCUGUAAUGAGUUUCACAAGCAAAGCAUAUUUUUAAUUAGUAAAAUAUUUGGUGUUUUUCUUGUGCAAAAUAGCCGAUUCAAUGCAUCUCCUCUUCUUUCAUAAUGAUCCAAAUAUCAAUCCUCAAGUUUCAAUGUGGGUGGCACGGUGACGACCGGUUAGCACAUCUGCCUCACAGUUCUGAGGGCCCGGGUUCAAAUCCGGCCUCGCCUGUGUGGAGUUUGCAUGUUCUCCCCGUGCCCGCGUUGGUUUUCUCCAGCGACUCCGAUUUCCUCCCCCAUCCCAAAAGCAUGCAUGGUAGGUUCAUUGGAGACUCUCUCUUAAAUUGCCCGUAGUUGUGAAUGUGAGUGCGAAUGACUGUUUGUUUACUUGUGCGGGAUCCGGAAUGACAAGCAGAAAACCUUCCAGCUGCCAUGAUGUGAAAACAUAUCACAGUGCUCUUAAUCUUCUAAAAAUGCUUCUGCAAAGUAAAGCUUGAACGCAGUUAUGAUAUUGAUCACUGACAGAAGUUCUGUAAUAGUAAUAGUUGUACUAUUGUAGUAGCAGUAGAGCAAAAUUUGACGUGAGAGGACAUGAAAAGGUCACGCGUCACUUGAUGUUUAAGCUAUAAACUAAGAGGUUCUAAGUGCA